AGUGUGCGUUGUCUGUAUGGUUACGGAGGACGCAUUAGUAAUCUUGUUGCUAGGCCGAAACCAGAUCUGUCUUUUUUUGUUUUUACCUGCUAUAUUUGAUGACAGAUGCUCCGUGAAGACAAGUGAAUGCAGAGACCAUUUUUGAGUGGUCCGAAACAAGGUGAACUUCGUUGUUUUAAGGACACCAUGUAUCACAAGGAAAAGAGCAUCCAGAUCAAAAACAGCGCUUCGGCGCUGUACAAUAACCUGAGCGUGCUGCGCAUCGCUCCCAGACGUCUUACCUACUUCACGGUGGUCCAUGCAAACGUCGUCAACACUGUCAGUGCGUCCUGGGAUGGCCUCAACUACUCCCACCGUCAGCUGCAGUCCAAAGAACCCAAUGUUGCCACGAGCACAUCGCUCAUCAUGCAGGCUGCUUUCUGUGUUUUACCCUCUCGUGAUCUGCUGGUGGUGUCAUCUCAAAAAGGCAUCCAGAUGUAUGAAUCUGAUGGCUCAAUCAUGGUGUACUGGCAUGCACUGGACACUCCGGAAGCACCCACAGCACAGGCAGUCUUUGCACGAGGGAUAUCAGCUGUCUCUGACAAUUACAUAUGUGUUGGCGUUUCAUCAGGGGCAGUUUUGGUGUUUGAUAUUCCCAGUAAAGGGAGCAAUAUUACCCUGUCUGAGGUACUGGAGGAACACAAGGAGGCCAUCACUGAUAUUGCAUCGGAGUGUUCUGGCAGUCAGGAGUGCUUAGCUAAUCUGGUCACAGCAGAUGACGGCGGCAACAUGUGUGUGUGGAAGUCUGGGGAGGAAUUUCAACUUCUUAACAAGAUCCCUGGUUUAGACAUAACCUGCUCAUCUGUCAAGCUGUGGAAAGGCACAGUGUUAGCGGGCUAUGGCACAGGCCAGAUCCGUCUCUAUGAGGCUGUGACGGGAAUUCUUCACGCUGAGGUCAACGCUCAUGCUCGCUGGAUAUACUCUCUGGACAUCGCUCCCUUCUCUGGUCUGCUUCUGUCGGCUGCCGAGGAUUCCUUUGUCAGGGUUUGGCACGUGUCUAUGACACCAGAAACCAACAGUGUGGAGAUUGCCCACUUACACAACGAAUGUGUGACAGAUACACAGAUUUGUGGUGCUAAAUUCUGUGACGGAGAUGGUUAUGCUUUUGCAGUGACAGGUUAUGAUCUGAGUGAGAUCAUUCGGUACGUACAGUCGUAGGUCUUUGUCAUGUGUAAGGUUAAAUGCAUAAAAGUGAAUUUGAUAUGUAGUAUUUUUAUAUAAAAUGUAUGUUGAACAUAGGCACUCUGAAGUGGAGAAUUUUGACAAUUUUAUUUUCUGUUUUUAUUUUUACAAAUAUCUGAAGCAGAUUAUGAAAUAACUAAGUAAUUCAAAGAAACUUUACUUUUGUGUACAUUUUGUGAACAAAAUUAUGUGGGUGUAGGUUUGUUUGUUGUUACAAAUGCAACAGUAAACGCGCUGUGAAGACUGA